CCUUCCACCGCCCUGUAGAGGGCAUCAUAGUAUUUCUGUAACAUCCGACUCAUUGAAACGCCGUCUACUACUGUCAUGGCUGCAGUUGCUCUCGUUCAGGGAGCUAGUAGGGGACUCGGAUUAGAAUUUUGCAAACAUAUUCUUUCAUACAAAGCUCCUGCUGCUGUAGUCGCAACAUGUCGAAACCCGGAGGGUGCAAUGGAUCUGGCCGCUUUAGCCGCACAGCACCCGGGACGAGUCACUGUUCUGAAAGUGGAUGUCACUCGGGAAGAUGACAUCAAAGGAGCGGCUGAAGUAGUCAAGAAGUCAUUCGGUAAAGUGGAUUUGAUGAUUAACUCUUCAGCGAUGCUUCACCCUACAGGCAAAGGAGAGACAAGUUUGCGCGACAUCUCCGCUGAGGGGAUUAUCUCCACACUGAUCACAAACACAGUGGGACCCCUGGUGAUGGCCAAGUAUUUCACGCCUUUGCUUCAGAGGGGCAAUGGGUUGUUUGGUCAUCAGUCCCCUGAGAAAGCCAAGCAGCACAGUGGAAUCAUAGUGAAUAUUACCGCAAGAGUUGGAUCAAUUGGAGAUAAUGCACUGGGAGGGUGGUACAGCUACAGGAUGUCCAAAGCUGCCCUGAACAUGGCUACCAGGAACCUGUCCAUUGAGCUCGGACGUAGUCGACCCAAAGUUCUGUGCGUGUCCAUGCACCCUGGCACAAUAAACACAGACCUCUCGCGACCCUACCACAAGAGCGUACCCAAGGACAAGCUCUUUACUACCCAGCACUCUGUGGAACACCUUAUGGCUGUUAUAGAAAGUCUCAAUAUUGAGAAAUCUGGGAAGGCGUAUGCCUGGGAUGGCUCCGAGUUGCCUUGGUGAUAAACUGAGACACAGACAAACACACAAGUUCCUUUAAAAGUGUUUUUGAUGUCUCAUCCUUUGGAAUUCCAGGAACUCUAGGUAUCUACCCACUCUCAAAGGAAGUUGUUAGGUACAGCGCAAUGAUCUAUGAAUAUCAGUCCAGAACUGAAUAUGUUGUCUAUGUCUGGCAUUUUAGGUGAUUGUUGGUGUAUCUGUGACAGACACAGACAUUCCUUACAUUAUAACUACACCAAUGAUGGAAAAAAUGAAGCUGAAAUUUUAAGAAUAAAUGAUACUACUGCUGCAA